ACUAACAGACAGAGCUCCUUCACUAAUAGAGCUCCUUCCCCACCUGCUGUAUCCUCAGUCUUGGAUGUGACAGCGGAUGUAUUCCACUUGUCCUAUCCAGAUUUGGCUCUAAUCCUAACUCUAAUUCCUCGCCCUAACCCACGUGACACAGAACAACGUGACUCGCCAUGAGUGUGUAUGCAGUUUGGGACGGAGCCUGAACUGAGGACGUCCAGGAGAAACAGCGCGCUCCUGCUUGCGCGCGGCUCCUUUAAGACGCACGGAGGAGAAUCUCAGUGUAAUACAGAGAAGAGAAAAAGGCUCAGCUGCGCUUCCCCCUCCAUCUCCAUCCGGUUCGUGCGUCUUCGGACGCUCGGGGAGCGACAUGGAGAUCCUGUAGGCUGUUUCCUCGCGCUCUUGUCCUCCUUCUACUUCUAAUCCUGCUCAUUAUCAUCCGGAAAGCUGAACGGAUACCGACUAGGUGUGAUCAUGCUUUAUUGAGCACGGUUGGAGGUUGCCGGCUGUAGCGGUCAUGCAGUGAGUCGGAUCCGAUGUGAGUGUGCUGCCAGGCCGUUGGCAUGGCCCAGGGAUGAAUGGUGAAGGAUCGCCCGGCAGCCCGGAGCUCUCCUCGUGCCCGCUGCCUGACUGGAAGGAGUUCUGUGAGUUGCAUGCCCGUGCCUCUGCUGCAGACUUUGCCCACAAGUUCCGUCAAUUUGUCACAGAGAACCCAUGCUACGACGCACCGGGAGCUGACGCCAGCUUCUCGCGUCACUUUGCUCGACACUUCCUGGAUUGCUUCUCUGCUGCCCUAAAUCAGGCACAUCAACCCGGGUCACCUGGUGCUUCCUUGGCACCCAAGUACGCAAUUGCACCUUUCGCAGGGAUUCAAGGCUGCCCGCUACCCUCCUACAACCACGAGCUCUACCAGCGCAGGAAAGAGACAGGUGCCUCUAGCGAAUCUCUGGAUAGCAUGGACAGCGUAGGGGGUGGAGCCUCUGCAAGCUCUACCCUCCACGGGCACAGGGUGGCAGCGCUGGGUCAGUCACGAAGUUCAGAGGAUGUUUCCAUGGGUCACUCUAAGGCCCGAUUCAAGAAAGGUUUCUCGCUGAGGAACAUGAGUCUGUGUGUGGUAGAUGGGGUGAGGGAGAUCUGGCAACGGCGUGCACCACCUGAGCUAGAUACGGUGGGCACUUGUGUCAGGAAGUCAAACGGAGCUGAGGCAGGUGGACAUGACCGCUGGAGCCAGAAGCUGAGGUGGGCACGAGGCUUACAGGGUCACCGUGCUGAACUCCUGGAGAUCCAGAGGGAGGGAACUCUGCGCUACAUGGUGGCAGAUGAUACCAACUGUAUGGGCACUGCACAGUGGCAGAAGUGCAGGUUGCUGCUCAGAAAGACAAGAACCAGCUUAGAAGGUGGCGAGAAGUUCCUGCUUGAGUUUUAUGUACCACCAAAGUCCUCCAAGCCGAAAGUGAGCGUGCCUUUGUCUGCCAUUGUGGAAGUGAGGACCACGAUGCCUCUGGAGAUGCCUGACAAAGACAACACAUUCGUACUCAAGGUGGAAAAUAGUGGCGAGUAUAUCUUGGAGACCAUCGACUCUCUUCAGAAGAACUCGUGGGUUGCUGACAUCCAGGACUGCAUAGAUCCUGGGGACAGCGGCGAUGACAUCGAGCUUGCGUCGUGUCCGCACGGACAGACGUCCAAAGAAUUCUCCAUGGUGGCCUCCUGCAGCUGUGAGGUCCUGUCUGAAGGUGUACACAGGGGUCCGGAGAGGUCGUGCGCCGCGGCUGUCGAUCAUUACAGCGCCCCUACCGUCCGCUGCAGGGAACCGCCGUUCACACAACACCCCUCUCACGUGCCCUUAGAGCGCUUUCUACAGCUGCCAGAGGCGCAGAGUACAAGCCCAUCAUCAGGUCCUGCUGAUGCUCCUGCUGAGACGGAGGUGGCUGCUACUCUUAUCGGUUACCCAUGGUUCCACGGGACUCUAUCACGCGUGAGAGCAGCGCAGUUGGUGCUGGCAGGUGGAGCUCGGAGCCACGGCCUGUUCGUGAUCCGGCAGAGCGAGACGCGGCCGGGAGAAUAUGUGCUCACUUUUAACUUUCAGGGAAAAGCUAAGCAUCUGCGGUUGUCGGUGAAUGAAAAUGGCCAAUGCCACGUGCAUCACCUCUGGUUCCAGACGGUGUGUGACAUGCUGAAGCAUUUUCACACUCACCCAAUCCCACUGGAGUCCGGCGGCUCUGCUGACAUCACACUGCGCUCAUACGUUCAGGUGCAGCGCAGUCCCUCUGAUGUUCCCAACAUCUCCACGCCUUCACGGGAACCCAGCUGCCGGAUCGAUGCUGCUCAGCCAAACCUUCAUCUUCCUGGAAUCUCACAGCUUCCAGCAACCCCAGUGCACGAGGCACCGCUUUCCUCCAGCUCCUCUUCCUCACCCACAGCCCAUGGAGGUCUCCGGAGCAGAAGCAACAGCUCUGAAAGGCUGCUGGAACUCCCUGCUGGCAAUGCGGAGGAGUACAACGACAACGACAGCACUCGGAGGACCAGAGCCGUUGAGAAUCAGUACUCUUUUUACUGAAAUCUAGCAAGAUCAACAGCAUGCAGACAGGAAAUAGAUACGAGAUUGACCGCUGCUCAUUAAGAAACAACUUAUACGUUUUUUGUUCAUUGUUGCCAGCCUUUAUUGAAUACGAUAUUUCCUACGUGAGAGAUUUUCAAACACGUCAUUAAAAGCUGAGUUAAUUCGGUUAGAGUCCCAGCUACUCUGAGACGCAGACAAUUUCUUCGAGGACGUACUGCGAUUUCUACGCCCUCUCGUCGCUUCGGGUAUCACGGCUGUUCCUUGCAGAGGAGUACGAUAUACUUCUUCUCAAAGAACAGACAUACUGCACAUUGGGUUGAUCUUUGCAGCCAAAUAUCCUUUAGUUAUCGGUUAAACAUGUAACAUAUAUAAAGAUCAGAGGUCCUGAAGCAAGUCCUUUCAAAGACUUACUACAACCGAUAGUCCCAAAAUACUGUAGCCUCUGAAUUUGAGAAAGGAGUCAUACGAAUCUUACAAGCAUAUAUUCACAUAACGGUAAAUGCUUUAAGAAGUAAAUCACACAUUUAAUUCUUCUUUUUCCACUUAAAAAGAAGCCAUAACCAAAUGGAGCAGGUGGUUGUUUGGAGUACCUUGUACGGCCUCGUAUAGAAAUAUCAUAAAUUCCGGACAAAAAUAUCAAAAAUCAGCUUUUUAUUUAAUUAUUUAUUUAUUUUUUAUUAUUUUUAAUGGGAAACACAAGAAAUUCAAAAAACAGAUCAUCCAAAUAUUCAGCCCAUUUUGAGCUUUUCAGAAUUGGGAUAUAACCUGGAGUGGAAAUGGAUUUAACCGGCAUUGUUGUGAAUCCACAAAAAAAAAAAAAAAAAAAAAAAAAAAAAAAACCAUAAUAUUAAAACGGUCUAAAAUCAGUACAAUAUUGCAUAGAUUCAUGAUAUCAUCUCACUUACAGUUUAGAACAAUACUAAAAGUACAGUAGAAAAGAACAAAGGGUGCAAAAACUUAUGCAAGGCACUGUAUCUUUUAAUGGUCCUAAAAUCAGAUUAUUAGUUGAUAGAUGACGAUGACAGAUGAAAGAUUUUUUUCAAACAUGAAGCCCAGGAAGUGAAAAUGUUAUUGUUCGGAGUCGUAUCUUCCACCUGGGGCUCUGAAAAACGACCUUUAAUGACUCACGACGUCUUUCGUCAAACGUCCUGCAGUACAAUACAAUAUUUUCUGUCCCGUCCCAAUAAGUGAAAGCGAUGACUCGAUUACCCAGACGCCCUGAAGUUCCAUUCCCGAACGCAUUUUUUUUCUUCCGUAUUCUUUCUUUUCUUUCUUUUGUUUUUUUUCCUCGUCAUAGCGAGUGUGCCGAUCCUGCUCUGUGGGGUUUGAUAUCUUUACGUCCCUUUUCCAUAGAGGAAGCUGUCGUGUUGUAACAUCUGCCCGCGGUUAGCCUCCGGCAAGCCGUUUCCUGCAGAUGCCUCUUGCUUCCACCUUUUUUUAAGGGCUUUUAAGAAGUUAAAAGCUGCUCAGUGAAAUCGACUUCCCCAGAGUGCUCUGCCUGUGUUUGUGAAGCUGUUGAUAGAAUGUUCCGGACAUCCUGUCCUUUGGGCUUUUCCCACAACUUUGACGUGGGGUGAAGCGGGUCAGACAUCAGAAGUAAAGAGUUAGCAAGAAAUAAAGAGGUUUCUGUUUUGUAAAACGUAAAUAUAUAUAUAAUACAGUAAUCCCUCGCCACUUCGCGGUUCAAGUUUCGCGGCCUCAGUGCAUCGCUGAUUUUUCAAAAAUAUUCAUCGAAAAAUAAAAAUAAAAACGGUUUCCCAGGAUGCCAGACAAAGAUAGAAACUCUCUCAGAGGCUUUGUACAUACCCACGGCCACUCAGACAAGGCACGUGAUUGGUUCACGGCCCGAGAUCUGAGCUAAUUGGCUGCGCAUCAUCGCAUCCUCUCGCAGCUUCUUCCCUUGUCGUAUCUCGCCACUCUCGUUCACGCUGUUAACCGUGUCUCGCGUAUCGUGUUCGAAAUUAAUUUUUCGUUAAGCCCUUACGAUGCCUCCUAAGUGCCGUGCCCCUGCGAAAGAUUCCUCUAGUGAGCCCAAGAGGAAGACGAAGAUGAUGACCAUCAGUGAAAAGGUCAAACUUACUGUAGGGCCAAUCCUACUUCGCGGAUUUUCACCUAUCGCGAGGGGUUCCGGUCCCCAUUAACCGUGAUAAACGAGGUAAUCGAAUACGAACACUAUCACAACAAUACUUAGUGAGUGAAUCCAAAAGCUGACACACUUUUACCCGCGAGUGAAAUAGAUCUUCGGAAAGUUUUCAACCCAUCAUGAGUUACCUUUGUUACGCUCGCCGUGAAAACCUUAUUUCACGUUGUACAUAAAAUAAAAGGCCUACUAAUAACCUACUAAUCCACAGUUCUCUGUAUUAUUCAUCCCGCACAAAGGGAUCGUAAUUCUGUAAGGAUAAGGACAGUAUAUCAGCGAUAGAGGAAUAACAGAAGUCAUUAGUUCAUUAAUGAGUUGUAGUUUUUGGAGUAUCGAUCGACUUUGACGUCCGGAUAUCACAGUAUUCAUAUGGUGAAUAUCUGCCUGAUCAAUAUUGUAUUAAAAUAAUGUAAAAAAAAAAAAAAAAAUUAAAAAAAAAAAAACUGAAGCAAAGCCAAAUUCACAUCUAUAAUAAUUCACUUCGCUUCUACUGAUAUUUUUAAACAUGCCACGGUGACGACGACGUCGCGUUCUUGGAAUUUUGCGCUAUUUCUUUAAACCAGAUCGUCCAAAUUCAUCCAAAGAAUAAAACAUGAUGACGUUCGAGGAAAAUAAGAAAUCAUGACACCAGCUCUGACACCGGAGAUUAAAAAUAAAGCUCGAUAAACACUCGGAAAAUCUUUAGAGAAAAUGUCACCAUAGCAACAAUUACACACAUUUAUAAUAUGUCGAAAUGGAGCAUCUACCAUACAAGUCCCUGUGGAAGUCGUUGCUAUAGCAACAAUGACACGUUAGAAAACAAGGGCAUUAAUGAAAUGAUCAUUUUUAAAAAGCUGGAACUUUUCAGAGUUGGAAUUUAAUCGAUAGGAAUGGCCCAUAGGUUUAUUCAGGAAUUACACUCACACACACACACACACACACACACACACACACACACACACACACACACACACACACACACACACACACACACACACACACACACACACACACAC